CAUUUUCUUUUUUGCACACGAGCGGAAAAUACCGUCAGUAGAGAGUAAACUAGAAAUUUGCGCACGAAACAUACAAUCUUUAGUAUAUAAAGCGUCGACUCGUUCCUUUCAACGCCACAUCCCAACAGAAAGGAAUUGCUUUAUCACAUCUACAGUUGAAAUUCAUUACAACAAAAAAUAUGUCUGACGCUGCCUGUAUCUGUGACGUUUCUUGCAAAUGCCUACCAGAAAUUCCCGAAAACGAACGUUGCCCUGCAACAAGCGGAUGUAAAUGUACAUCUUGUGGAGCAGCUUGUAAAAGUAAGAACAAAUGUGGAAAUUUGAAUUGCAAAUGUGCACCUGGAACUUGUAAAUGCUCUCCCGGCGAAUGUAGCGAAGGCUGUCCCUCGGCAUGUUGUAAUUAG